AUGGCCGAGGAGGACUACGAGAUUGACGUCUACGGCGACGCCCAGGAUGGCGGUCAAGAGCAGCAGCAUACUGGUGCCGAAGACUACGGCGACAAUACCCACAUGGACGGCGCUCCCGAGUCGGGCGAUGCCGACCACGAAGCACAGAAUGGCAACGGCAAUGACAAUGGCCAUGGCGAGCAGAGCAAUGACCAGUCCGCCUCGAGCCCAUCAGCUCCCCAGCAGGGUGUCAAGCGGAAGUCGGAGCCAGACGACCGUCCUGUUGACCCCAGCGCCACUGCAGCACUACUGAUCUCCGAGCUGCAGUGGUGGAAUACGGAAGACGAAGUGCGGAAUUGGGUCUAUGACGCUGACUGCGAGGACGAGCUCAAGGAGAUUACGUUUAGCGAGCACAAGGUGAAUGGAAAGAGCAAAGGACAAGCCUACGUCGAGCUUGCCUCCAGUCAGGCUGCAACCGCAACGAAGCGGCACAUAGAGUCCGUUUUCAGCAGCGACGAAAAUGGCUCCGGUCACAACCAGCAGCGUCGCCCGACAGUCUCCUACCACAGCCCAGGCAAUAACCCCUUCAAGACCCUUCCCAAGGACGCGCCGCAGCGUGCUCGCGACAACGCUGGUCGCGGUGCGCCUGCCGGCCCUGGCAACUUCAACAAUGCCGGACCAGCAAACAACUUCCAGGCCGGUGGAGGAGGAGGCGGUGGCUUCCAGGGAGGCUUCCGGGGCCGAGGCGGAUACAACAACCGCGGCGGGAUGCGGGGUGGCUUCAAUCCCAACUAUGGAAACUCAAACAUGAACGCCUUCAACAACAACAUGGGCGGAUUCAACAAUCCCAUGGGUGGCGGAGGCUUCGGCGGGGCCGGCUUCAACCGCGGUGGCGGCAUGAACCGUGGCGCGCCUGGCAUGGGAGCCAUGCGUGGAGGCCGCGGAGGCAUGAUGGGAGGUCCUGGUAUGAACGGCAUGGGCAUGGGAGGAAUGCCUAACAUGGGUAUGGGCGGCAUGCCUAACAUGGGCAUGAACAUGAUGGGUGGAAUGGGAUUCAACGGCAUGCCUAACCAGUUCAACCCAGGCUUCUUUGGCGGUGGAAACCAAGGCGGUUACGGCGGAAACCAAGCCGGCGGCGGUGGCGGCGGCGACUGGGGCAACCCUCACGGAACUAAGAGACCUCGCGGCGAGUAA